AUGUCUCUUUGGCAACACUAUCGAGCACUCCUGUACAAGAACUGAGUGCUCUGAAAGCGAAUACUCUGUGGCUCAAUAUGUGAAUUGGCCUUUCCUAUAGCCCUUCUACUUUUCUUGCUGGCUAUAAAAAGUUCUGCUAGUUAUGCAGACCAUGAUCAAUCCUCUUAUCUGAAGAAAUCAGCAAUGACAGUCUCUUAUGACGGCAAUAACUACUUUGGGCAAUAUUUUGAUCCUGUUGCCAAGCUUCCAGACUUCCCAAAAUGCCACGAUAACUACUAUAGGGAGUACUUUGAGAAAGAUAAAAAAUGGAAAAUAGCGCUAAUAAAUGAGUAUAAAGAUCCAUAUUCAGAAACUAUUAUACUCAAGCUUAUAGAUAAAAUAAAAACUGAAGGAAAUGAUACUGGAAAGCCUUAUAUAGUUGAGCGGUAUGAUUCCGAAGAGGACUUAGAGGACUAUUAAUGGUAUGAUAAAUAUCUGCCUACAAGGAUUAUCUAUUUUGAAUAGAAAAUCAUUUUUAUAUUAAAAAUGGUUUUAAAUAUUUUAAAAACCUUAUUUUUUGAUGGUAUUUUAUUACAAAAUAUAUAUAUAAAGGACAGUGAUUACGAAGAUAGUGGGAAAAUUUGUUUCGCUGUCGUCUUCUAUAGUAAAGACUCUAAAAAUAUUGAAUACAGCUUCAGGUUCAAUACAACAGAGGCAUACUGAUCAGGAGAAUAUGGACUUGGAGAUAUUAUAGACAUCUUUAAUUUCCGUGACCACAAAAAUGUUGACAAGCUCAUUCGAGAGCCAAUGCCUAAGUUCCAGUACCAAUACAUAGGCACAAACUUUAUACAUAUGAUGAAUUACAUCGACAAUAUUAUUCUUCAAGAUGUAUCUUCUAAUAUAAAUGCCUACUUUGCCGCAGGUUUUGUUCCAAUGUAUUAUGAUGACUAUACCAAAGAUGAUUUUAUUUUAGCGAUUGCUGGACUUCUUCCUUUUUUCCUAGUCAUUUCUUAUAUUGUUCCUGUAUGCAGAAUGCUGUCUUUAAUAGUCCAGGAAAAAGAAUACAAAAUCAAAGAAAUGAUGAUGAUUAUGGGACUUUCUAAUAAAGCUUACUGGCUUUCAUGGAUUACCUAUUAUUUUUCUGUAUAUACAGUUAUCGCAAUAGUUGGGACAAUUAUUUCUGCAGGGCUUUUUAAAUAUAGUGCUCCAGAAAUGAUAUUUUUAUUUUUCUGGCUAUAUGGAAUCAAUUGUAUGGCCUUUAGCAUAUUUAUUAGUAUGUUCUUCUCAAGAUCUAGAAGUGCUGUAAUGCUGGGCUUGAUGGCUUUUUUAAUAAGCUAUUUUAUAAGUUUUGCUGUUAAUGAUCCUACUUUGGAAAGAGGAGAUAAAACUGCUGCAUCUUUGCUGCCUAAUGUUGCUUUAUCUUUAGGUUCUGAUGUCCUAGCAUAUUUGGAGAAUGGCCAGGCUGGAGUGCAAAAUGAUAAUUUAGACUCAGAGGUGCAUAACUAUACGUUUGGGACUUGCAUUGCUUUUUUUGUAAUUGAUUCAGUUAUCUUUACAGUUUUAGCUAUUUAUCUUGAUCAAGUUUGGCCUACUGAGUGAGGAGUAAAAAGACCUUGAUACUUUUUAUUCUCAAAAUCAUUUUGGUGGCCAAGCAAGCGAAAUGUGCACCAAAAUUUAUUCGAUACAGAAAUCAGCUGGGGAGACAAUGUAGAAAAAAUUGAGGAGGACUUAAUCAGCCAUCUGAUAAUAAACGCUAUUUCUUAUUAUUAAUUGGGCUUAUUAUUUCAUAAAUUUUAAAAUUUUUAUAAAAUUUGGUUUGAUCUAUUAAAUCUUAGAUAAUAAUUAAUUAAAAAAAACAAUUAUAGUAAAAGACGUUAUAUGAUUAAUAGUUGGGUUAGAAAAACAAAAGGAAAAUGGAAAAGCUCUACUUAUAAGGAACUUUAAAAAAGUUUUUGGAGACAAAACAGCUGUUGAAGAUAUAAGCUUAGAUAUAUAUAAUGGGCAGAUUUUUGCAUUAUUAGGUCAUAAUGGUGCAGGAAAAACUACAACCAUUUCAAUGAUGUGUGGCCUUAUCCCGACCACUUAUGGAGAUAUGACAAUAAAUGGCCUAUACCUAUCUACAGAUCUUAAUAAAAUAAGAAGAUCUCUAGGAGUUUGUCCUCAGCACAAUGUCUUAUUCAAUGAAUUAACCCCUGAAGAACACCUAUAUCUUUUUGCUAUCUUCAAAGGUAUGAAUAACAAGAAAGAAAUAUAUCACCAAAUUAAAGAAAAACUAUCUGAAGUCGAUUUGACAUCCAAGAAAGAUACUCAAACUAACUCUUUCUCAUUUAAAUUAAAUUAUAAUACACGAUUAAUUAAUGAUUAA